AUACAAGGUGUUUUUUUUCUACUUUUUAAAGCAGAGAGGCUGAAGUCACCGCUUUUGGAUUUCUGACUAUGGAGCGAAUAUGUGUGGAUAAAUCAGCUUCAAAAGCAGCGGAUGAGUAGAGUACAAACGGAUUGUGGGUGAGGAUGAUGGAGGAAAACUGUUCACUCCAGCACAGUAUGAGAAGUACAAGAGGAAGAUGAUCCCUCAGCGACUCCGAAACAGACUGUAUGUGAGCUAUGGGGUCCCAGGAGGUAUUGAGUGCAAACUUAUUGGUCCUGAGACACAAUGCUUCUGUGCGCACAGAUAUAAGCAACAUAAAACAGAUUUUGAGGAGGUUCCCUCUGAGCGACCUUUGGCCUUACCAUGUCAGGUCAGGGGCUGCCUUUGCUCUGCCUACCAGUAUCUUUCCAAAAAUGGGCCAACCCCCUUCCACUGCAGGUGUAAACACUUACCUCAGGAUCACCAUGAGGCAGUGGACCACUUAUGCAAGAAGUGCUCAUCUUGUUCUGGGUUCCAAAGCACUGUCACCUGUGGGUGUGGCCAGCCCAUCUCUGCCCACAAAACCCUGGUUGAGACAAAAGCAGAGAGAAACGCAAGAGGAAGACCAGUGGGCGGGAAUGUUCCUUAUGUUGCCAUGGGUGGGCUGACAGGGUUCAGUUCCCUGUUAGAUGGUUACCUUGCACUGGAGACUGGUGGAUCAGAUAAAGAAAAAAUGACGACCACCAGUCAAGAUCUCUGCAUCAAGGAUCAUGAUGACUAAAACAUCUGCAGUGGUCAACUAAUGGGUUUAUUAGAAAGCAAAUCAUUUAGGUUUAGACCCUUCUCCAUAAUAUCACACCAUAUACAUAAUAUCCAUUAGUGAUGUGAAUUACACAGAAAUGUGGUGUAUUCUGUAGAAGAAUUUUUAGGUCCUUAUUUGAACUGUGAUGAACUAUCAAGUGUCCUGA